AUGUGGGAUUUGUCUAUUAGCUGCAAGAAUGUAGUUUACAUCUCCAAGAUCAUUAAUGUGGAUGAUGCCCAAAUGAGAGAUUCAUCCCCUCCUCCUUGCCCUGGACACAGGGCUUGCCUGCUGGAAAAGCGGUUAUCCAGCCAGGAGAGGACCACAGCUCUCCUCCUCCAUCAGGCUUUCCGAAUCAAAGACGACAUCCUCUCCUACCUCCAGGGAAGCAAAGGUUACCAGCAUGGGGAGAUGGAUGCCCGGCGGCUCCUGGAAAACCACAUCCAGACCAUUACGAGCAUCGUUAAAAAGCUCAGCCAGGACAUCGAGGUUUUGGAGAGGCAGAUCAGAACAAGGGAUGGUGCUGCAGCAGAAACUAAUUUGGCUGUUCAAAGCCUGGACCAUAGAUACAUCCAGGGUGUUGGAGACCUGCGAGGAAGAGUAGCAAGAUGCGAGGCCAGCAUUGCGAAGCUGUCAGGAGACAUUGGUAUUAUCAGGUGUGAGGCCCAGAAGACUGAUAAAGAGAUUUAUGGCCUUCACUCUGCCCUCAAAAAUUGUGUUAGCGAUUUUGAGAAGAAGGUCAUGCAACUAUUAGGCAAGAUAGAGACAUCCAACACUGAUCACAGCUCCAAUCUAAAAACAGUCAAGGGAGAUCAACAUCACAAAUUGCAACUUCUGGAUCUCAA